AUGCCAGCUUCGAUCGACAAAGAACUCAUUUUACGUACUAUCGAUGAAGCUUGCCAAGACUGGAAAAAGAAAUUUACAAUUACAACCCCUGAACUAACACAAGCUAUCCAAGAAUUGUUUUGUAAUUGUACACGAGCUUUAAUUCAACUAUCAGUCUCCGCUGAUGAUGACAAGCAAGUGAAAGAAGAUCGAGUUUGCGCUGAACGCAUCGUAUCAAAGCUGAAAGAGCUAAGACAAUCUUUGAGUAAUUUAUGGCCACAAAACUUGGAUAGUUUUUGUAGAGAUAUAUUUGAUAUCGGUCCAUAUUAUGUCGAAACAGCAGAAUUCUUUUUUCCUGUUCCAUUUUAUCCGGGUGACAACUUGAUAAUGAAAUUAUACCGAUGGUCAGUCUAUGACACUAAUGGAACAAUUGCUUACCGUUAUUAUUUAGAAAGAAGUGAAAUCAUUUCUGGGCAACCGUAUUAUGUUCUAGGAAAAUCUUAUUCAAAUGGGCAUUCCCAAAUUCAAUCAUAUGGAUCAACUGCACCAGAUUAUUAUACAAUGAAAAGCCAUGUCGUCAAUAAUUUAAAUGAUCAAGGUCCGCCGUCGAUAAUUUCAUUGACAGUAUCAUCGUUUGAACACUGA